CACAAAGCACAACAAUGGAUUUCUUCGUAGUUCUGGUGAUUUGUCUUUCUUGUUUGAUUCCUUUUUUUCUUUGGAAUCGAAACCAUGCCAAAGAGAAGCUACCACCUGGCCCCACUCCUCUGCCAAUCAUUGGAAAUGUUCUACAGAUAAAUGUUAGUAAUGUCAGCAAAUCCAUAAGCAAGCUAGCAGAGAGUUAUGGUCCUGUGUUCACGUAUUUUGGCAACAAGCGCACUGUGGUGGUAUAUGGAUAUGAAGCAGUGAAGGAAGCUCUCAUUGAUCAGAGUGAGGCGUUUUCUGGCAGAGGCCCUUUCCCAGUGUUGGACAGAGCCAUCCAAGGAUUAGGAGUUGUUUUCAGCAAUGGAGAACAAUGGUAGCAAGUCCGGCGUUUCACCCUCAUGGUUUUGCGGAAUCUGGGGAUGGGGAAGAAGACUAUUGAAGACAGAAUUCAAGAGGAAGCCUUGUAUCUGGUGGAAGCAUUAAAAAAAACCAAUGCAUCUCCCUGUGAUCCUACUUUCCUUCUGGGCUAUGCUCCCUGCAAUGUGAUCUGCUCUAUUAUUUUUCAAAAUCGUUUUGAGUAUGAUGAUGAGAAAUUUUCAAUCUUGAUAAAGUAUUUUCAUGAAAACUUCCUAAUUUCAAGCACUUCCUGGAUACAGUUAUGUUCUACUUUCCCUCUUUUAUUACACUUUCCAGGAACUCAUAAUGUGUUACUUAAAAACACUGCUCACCAAUAUAAAUUUAUUGUGGAAAAAAUAAAAGAACACCAAGAAUCCCUGGACUUCAGUAACCCUCGAGACUUUAUUGACUACUUCCUGAUCAAAAUGGAAAAGGAAAAACACAAUGAACACUCGGAAUUUACCAUGGAAAACUUGAUCAUUACUGUCUUGGAUGUGAUUAGUGCAGGAACAGAGACAACGAGCACCACCCUGAGAUAUGGACUCCUGCUCCUCCUGAAGCACCCAGAGGCCACAGCUAAAGUCUAGGAAGAGAUUGACCGUGUGGUUGGCAGACACUGGAGCCCUUGCAUGCAGGACAGGAGUCGCAUGCCCUACACAGAUGCUGUGGUACAUGAGAUCCAGAGAUUCAUUGACCUCGUCCCCAACAAUCUGCUCCAUGCAGUGACUAAGGACACUAAGUUCAGAGGAUACCUUAUUCCCAAGGGCACAACCAUAUUAACAUCUCUGACUUCUGUCCUGCAUGAUGACAAAGAGUUUCCCAACCCAGAUCAGUUUGAUCCCAGCCACUUCCUGGAUGAAAGUGGCAACUUUAAGAAGAGUGACUACUUCCUGGCUUUUUCAGCAGGAAAAAGAGCUUGUGUUGGAGAAGGCCUGGCCCGCAUGGAGCUGUUUUUACUACUGACCAACAUUUUACAACAUUUUACAUUGAAAUCUCUGGUUGAUCCAAAGGACAUUGACACUGCCCCAGUUGUCAAUGGGUUGGGUGCCCCACCAACUGCAUAUGAGCUGUGUUUCAUUCCAGUCUGAAGAAAGGGCAGGCUGCCAGAUUGCCGAGCGAUGCUCUCUGGGCUCAUCUGCACAAGCCAGAUGCUUUCUGUCCUGUGUGUUAGCUGUUGUUCACCUCCAGGAAUGACAUUCCUGACCCCAUCUCUUCUAAUUUUCCUCAUCCUUUAAGAUUCAGUUCAGAUUUUCCCACAUGGAACAAAAACUCUGUUAACAGUUUCUUACAAAAUUCUUUUUGUAAUACAACGCUGAGAUCUUAAGCUGUAGCUCAUCUGCAGUGUAUAUCAAAUGUAAGAGACCUUAUUAAUGUCAUAUUUUCUUCUGUUAAAAAUUAUCCUGUGAGUUAAAAAUGUUUUUCAAAUAUAUAAAAUUUACUUACCUCUUACUCCAGUUAGUUCUCCAGGGGAAUAUGCUCUUGAUAGUUUGGUAUGUACAAUUUCUGUUUUUUUCCAAUGGUUAUUAAAACAAAAUUUCGGGGGGGGGGCAUGUGGAUGGCUUAGUUGAUUAAUGCAUCCCACUUGAUUUCAGCUCAGGCUGUGAUCUGACAGUCAUGAGAUUGAGCCC